CUCCAUCCAAAGACACAAAUCAACCGGAUCAUUCUUUUUAGUUGGCCAGCAUAGAAUGGUUGGAUUUAAUGAGUGCACUAUAAGGUAUCACCAUGGAGGGUCCUUGUCAAUGGAAGAAGAGGUCAAUUAUAUUGGUGGGAAAUUGGAUGAGUUUGCUGUGGAUCCUGAUAAAGUAUGUCAGUGGGAUUUAUUGGGAGAUCUCAAAGACCUAGGAUAUGAUAUUAAAAAAACUAUGGAAUUAUUCUAUUUGGAUGAUGGGGGAACACUGCACAAUAUUAGUGAUGAUGUAGGAAUUGUUGGCUUAUCAGAAAUGUUAGCAAAACAUGGGACAACAGAUGUAUAUGUUGAGACAUCAUAUGCAAAUAUUGGAAAUUCCCUGCCAGAAGCAUUGCUAGGUAAUUCUAGCAAAGGUUGCAAUAGAAUAGGUGAAAUUGAAACUGUUAAUCUGGAUGCUGACCAUGACAUUCUCAGUGACAAUGACAGUGAGUCAGGAAAAGAUAAUGAUGAGACAUUAGUUGAUGUCCCAUUUAUAGAAUACAACUCAGAUGCUGAUGAGGAGAUACAGGAGGCUAGAGAUAAGGUGAAAAGGUAUGUUGAGUUCAAAAAGACAAUUCAGAAAGAAAUUGGAGAAAACAGUGGUGAUUGUGGUGAUGAAAACCAGGUUGCAGGAAAAAAUGGAGAUGACCAAGACAAUGUUAAAAAGGGUGCAGACAUUGGUAAGGUGCAUGGCUAUGAAAGUGACUAUUUAGAGUCUUCAGAUCCUGGUAGUUAUGAAGACACAAGUGAGGGUUCUAUAGGAGAUGACGCAAGAAGGCAUAGAUCCAGCGAGAGGGUGUUUAACCCAAGCAUGAAAUUGGAUGAUUUCUUUCUAGACUUAAGAUUCAAGGAUUUGAAGCAAUUCAAAAAUGAGCUGGUUGAACAUUCAACAAACAGAGGGUUUGAGUUCAAGUACCUCAAAAAUGAUUCAAAGAGGGUUAGGGCCACAUGUUCGGCUACAAAGUGCAAAUGGUUGAUCUUAUGUUCUUGGUGCAGUGGUAAAAAAAUGUUUGUUGUCAAACAUUAUGAAUCAGAACACUCAUGCUUACUUGGAGCCACAAAAAACAGGAGGGUAACAGCUCCUGUUGUAGCUAAAAGAUUUGGUGAGAUCAUCACUGCCAUGCCUUUUAUUAGGCCUAGACAUCUGAGGGCAUUAGUCAGGAAAGAAUUAGGAGUCUUCAUCACCAAUAAAGUAUGCAGAAAUGCUAGGGAUCUAGUGCUGAAAAAAAUUGAACAACAAUUUAAGGAGGAUUUUGGUGUGAUAAAUAAUUAUGCAAUGGAGUUGAAGGCAGCACCAAAAUGA